UAUAUGCACACACACAGACGACGUCUUUUGGGAAGGCGGAUAGUUUACAAAUAAAUAAAUAAAUUUAAUAAAUAAAUAAAUAAUCCCUGUAAUGUUCAUGAUUGGUAACUUUCGGUACUUUCGGUUUCGAUUCUGCUGCGUAGCAUAACGAUAGUUCCUUUUACGCUCCACCUCAAAAAACAACAACAACGUCGCACUGUUUCUUUGCCACGCUGAAAAUGAGCUAUACAGAGGAGAAACCUCUCAAGACUGAACUGGACCAGCUAGAAUGUCAUUUCACAUGGGAUUUGAAAAAAGCAGACACAGAUAUCACUGAUCAUUUGAAUAAAUUGGAGCACAACCGUGACUUAAAUCUGGGGGACAAGGCAGGGACCGCACGCACACACAACUCUUUGGCAUAUGUCAGGUAUCUUUUGGGUUCUCAUGAAGAAGCACUAACAAACCUGCAGAGAUCUGUUGAGCUCACUAAAGAAUAUUACGGGGACAACUGCGACAAGAAACUCAUUGUCACAUAUGGAAAUUUUGCCUGGCUACACUAUCACAUGAAGCAGUAUGCUGAAUGCAAAAGUUACCUGGAAAAAUUGAGGGAGAUCAAAGAAAAAAGUCCACCUGACUCCAGUUCUAUCCCUCAUCAUGAGUUGCUUGGUGAGAAGGCCUGGGCCCUUUUCAAGUUUUCACGCAAGUAUUAUGCAAGAGCAAAGGAGUGUUUCAGGAAAGCAUUAGAGCUGGAGCCUGAGGAGGGUGAGUGGAAUGCUGGUUAUGCCAUUGUACUGUACCGAACAGAAACUAAGUGCAAGAGUCCAAAGGAUUCAUCAGCAAUUCAACAACUCAGACGAGCAAUAGAAACAAACCCAGAUAACGAUGAGCUCAAGCUUCUUUUAGCUCUGAAAUAUGCUGAGUUUAAGCUGUUUGAUGAGGCUGAGGACUUGGUGGAGAAGGCUCUCGAGAUGUCUCCUGAUAGUCCAUGUGUAAUCAGGUAUGUUGGGAAAUACAUGCGAAACCACGGGUCUUUAGAUAGGUCCAUCGGCCUGUUGAAAAGAGCAUUAGAGAUUGCACCGAAUUCAGCAUUCAUACACCAUCAGUUAGGUCUCUGCUACAAAUUAAAAAAAGAAGGAUUAGCCUCGUAUCAUGAGAGUCAAAGAUUUUGUCGUUUAAGCAUCUCCCAUCUUGAGAAGGCUAUCACUCUGAAGAGUGGCUUCAUUAUUGCAAUGGCACAACUGGGUCUUCUCUAUGGUGAGGACAGACAAAUCAAACGGGCUGAUGAAGUGUUUCAAACAGCCUUUUCCAUUUCUGAUGAGAAAAAUGAUGGACUACAAUUAGUUCAUUUGUAUUAUGGGGAGUUCCAGCUGUACAGAAAAAAUUGUCUGCCAUUGGCCAUUGAACACUACAAGAAAUGCUUGAAAAUGGCACCUGAUACACAACGUGGAAAGAAAAGUGCUAAGAAUCUGAGAAAGAUUGCUAGCAGGUUUGUAUCGAAUGCAGAAGCUUUAGACAUACUAGAAUUUAUUGAGCAGGUAAAAGGUGGGAGACAUUCUACUGCAAAGGACUGCGAGCAUGUUCUGGAAUCCACACAUAAUGAGGAAUAGUGCAAAAUGUGUAUUUUUUUCAGAUGCACAAGAAGUACUUUAUUGAACAUAUAUUGCAGUUGCUAUUGUGUUUGUGAUUUGAUUGUCUAAGUGUAGUUUAGGUGGAGGGCAAAUGGAGCUCACUACAACACUUUUUCCUUUAUAUGGCAACAUUGUAGAUUUGAGCAAAAUAAAUCAGCACUGCCCUCUUCUGACUGAAAAAAAUACUUCAAUAGAGAUUUCAUUGAACCUAUUUCAUAGUACAUAUCCUUUAAUUUAGCAUACUGACAUUUUUGUCUCCAUCAAAAGUCAUGAUGCAACUUUUUCAAUUAAACAAUAUUGCAAACUUACAGUCAAUAUUUUGUUGCAAAUUUGUAAUAGGGAUAUACAGCAUGGACACAAUAACGUGUAUGAGAGUAGGUGUAAGUCAGUGUGUGUGUGUGUGUGUGUGUGUGUGUGUGGUCAUAGGUGUAUUAUGGACUGGGCCAAUUGGGCCAGUGCCCAGGGGCCCUUGACUAAUAUACUUAUAUACGCUUGAAUAUGUGGGCCCCACAGCUUAUAAAAGGACCCCUCAAUAGGGCCCUGAGACUAUGAGGGCCCCUAGCCCUCUUAUAGGACCCUUUUGCCUUCUUGUUUGUAAUACAAUUUUUGAUUCACUCUUUAACCCUAUAAUGACGCACGUAUCAUAUCUGAAAGUAGAAGACCUUGUAAUAUAAUUUCAAAAAUGGCUACCUAUAUAUUGUGAUGCACUCGUCUUUUUGAUGUGAAAUCUUUGCUGAUUUUGAUAAGAUAAAAUUAACAAUAACGUUUAUAUUGUUACUGAUAUUUCAAAAUGAGUAUUUAUUUAAUCAAAGCAACGUGUGCUUGCUCACAUUUUCAUUAUUUUAUAGAAAAAAAACAUUUUAAGUAGGUUUAAAAAAAAAAAUCAUUUCUGACUACUAUUUCAUAUUUCAAAUGGGCUUUAUAGGGUUGAGCUUUUUGCUUUGUUUGAAAAGUGCUGUCGAACAAAAACAUUUAUUACAAAACAUAACUGGGCUUAGGUGGUUGGGGAAAAGUAGAAAUUGAUUCUUUUAUUUUGUGUGAUAUAAAUGUCUGAUUAAACUAGAUAUGUAAAGUUUGUUGAUACACUGUACUAUAAUGCUGGUUUGACAAAACCUUGUAUGAAAGUUUAAAAUAAUUUUAAAUGCUUCAGGUUCAAAUGCUGAAAUGUUUACAGGUGUUACAGUAAGAGAAAGAAAGAAAGAAGAGAGCAUCUUACCUCAGAUUAAAGGGCUUGUGUGUACAAUUUGACAACUGAAGUUUGAAAUCACGAACAUUCAAAAACCAGCUUUUAGCUUAUUUGAACAUUCUUCAAUGUAAUGUAGUCUAGGGGAUUUGGGCUUAAAUGAUGACUUCACAGGGCUUUUUUGAUAGGAGAAUAAUAAUGGUAGCCAAGCUGUAGGGUCGUUCCAAAAGGAAUUUACAAUAAAAUGACCACUAUUUUUGAGCCCCACACCUCUUAGCCCUUCAAAGCUCUCACAAUAGAGGAUAAAGUCUUUGAAGGAAAUAGGGUGUAGGGAUGAUCACUUCUGAAUGGAACCCACCAUAAUUCAGAUGAGUUAGAAAAGAUAUGGCAGCGUGAGCCAGAACUGCCUAAACUCUUUGCCAAUGCAUAGAUGCUGUAGGUGCCUAUUUGUUAAAUUCUUCAAUAUUUAAAGUGUUUGAUGAAGUUAAAAUAUUAUUGCUCCUUUAAAUAUAUGCACAUGUACAAAUUUAAUACACAUUUUGUCACAUUCUUGUUUUUUGUAUGCAUAAUUUGUAGUAUUUAAAAGUAUUUACAUUGAGUUUGCAUUAUGUAUAAAAAACUUUAAAAUAGUACUCUUUUUAAGAACAGUUCAGCGACUGUUUUGGUUGAGCGGUUUCUUUACCACAUCCGUACUGUGUGUUUGAAUAAAUCUGAUUGUAAAUGAAAGAACGGGUAUUUAAAGGGAAUUAAAUCAAUGAAAAUUUAUUUUGCGUGGAUCUCAACUAGAUAAUUGGACCGGUGGGACCCUAAAAGAAAAUUGGCCCUGGCUAGUCAUAAUCUGCCCCUGUGUUUGGUGUGUACAGUAUGUGUAGUGAUAGGAAGUUUGCCUAGUCUGCACAUUAAACCUUUCUACAGUUCUUCAAACAACUCAUAAACUAAUACAAUCUGUUGUAUUUUUACAGAGCAUGGUGUACCUCUUUUACAAAAUACAGUUUUGAUGAGAAAAAAAAAAAGAG